AUGUGGUCCCAAGGCCAUGCCCAUGGACCGCACAGCACGACUCUGCCAAACGCUGGAGUGGGUGCCAGGGAAGCCACACCGAGGCUCUCCGCAGCUGAGAACCCUUGCACAACCCCACCCCCCAUCAAUACUGGGGAGGCCCCCCCCACGCCACCGGCCAAAGGCCACGAGCACUCACACAUGCGACACUGCCCAGGCAUUCCACGUCGGGAGUUCCGCGUCUGGAUUGCCGAUCGGGUAACACCUGGACGGAUGCUGCACGUGCUUGCCACCAGAGCAGCUGAGCACCGUUUCCUUCGGCCGGUGGGCACGGGAAGCCCACAAGAGCUGGGCAGCCGCAGUUCAACCCCAGCUGCCCGAGAGCCUCCACUCCCCACCCAUCAUCCUACAGGUAAGAAAGUCCCUCCUCUUUCUGGGACAACAGCUUUUGGCUAUUUGUCCCAGUCCGAGUUCAAGCUUGAGCGUGAGCAGGAGCCAAGUCCAAACGCGAGCCUGAGCAAAAGCCCGAGUACGUGCUCAAGCCUGACUUCAAGCCCAAGUCCAAGCAGGCAGGAGCCCGCGCAUGCCCUGGAAGUCCAGCAGGGG